GGGAGGGAACCCGGCGUGUGAAGGCUGUGGGGACGGUGUCGAGGCAGCAGAGACACUUGUCGUUCAGGUGACGAGCAGUUUAACACGUGGAGGCCAGCACAGCACAAAACUGCCUCCACGUCCAGGCUAGUGCUGCUGUUGGAGUGAGGGCCUGAGGCUGGUGCUGUGGUCAGCACUGUCCUCACAGCAUCUGCCUCCAGGACUCCCCAGCUCAUCGCUGGCCCUGGGCCACAGCCGGAGCCUCCUGCAAGACCUGCCAGCGCCUCGCAGCAGAAGCACUGGUGCCCUGGAGGCUGCAUUGCCUGGCAGGACCAGCAGCAGCAGGCUGCCAAUGCUGUGAGAAUCAAGAGAACCACCACCACCUUGCUACUGGCAUCUCAGCCACAAUGGAAAAGAAAAGAUUAAGUCAGGAGUGUGACAAGAAUUGAGACUGACAGCAUAUUUACCAGACACUGCCUUGCACACACUGGUGAAGGAAACCAUGAGUGCCAAGAGUGUGGGGAAAGACUUCCUGGGAAGGCAGACCACAACAAAUAAUGCACCCACACCCUCUGGUGGAGGACCUCAUGAAUGCCAUCAGUGUGGCAAACGUUUCGAUUGCAAGAGUAAUCUCAACCGACACACCCUUUCACACACUGGUGAAAGACCGUAUGAAUGCCAUCAGUGUGGCAAACGUUUCGGUUACAAGAGUCAUCUCAAUCAACACACCCUUCUCCACACUGGUGAAAGACCUCAUGAAUGCCAUGAGUGUGGCAAAAGGUUCAUUCAGAGAGGUGAUCUCAACAAACACACUCGUAUACAUACUUGUGAAAGACCUCAUGAAUGCCAUCAGUGUGGCAAAAGGUUCAUUCAGAAGGAUGAUCUAAACAAACACACUCGUAUACAUACUGGUGAAAGACCUCAUGAAUGCCAUCAGUGUGGCAAAAGGUUCAGUUUAAAGGGUAACCUCAACAAACACGCCCUUUCACACACUGGUGAAAGACCUCAUGAAUGCCAUGACUGUGGCAAAAGCUUCAGUAGGAAGGAUCACCUCAACAAACACACCCUUUCACACACUGGUGAAAGACCUCAUGAAUGCCAUGAGUGUUGCAAAAGGUUCCCUGUGAAGAGUGGCUUAUACAGACACACUCGUAUACAUACUGGUGAAAAAACUCCUGAAUGGCAUGACUGGCGAAAGAUUCAAUCAGGAAGAGGCCAGCACAACACGGUCUCCACGUCCAGCCCAACCGCAUCUCCACCCAGUCUCUACCACCUCCUAGAGCCCCUGCAGCCCACAUCUACCAGUCUCCUCCAGCCCAGCCCACUUCUACCAGUCUCCUCCAGCCCUGCCCACUUCUACCAGUCUCCUCCAGCCCAGCCCACUUCUACCAGUCUCCUCCAGCCCAGUCCACUUCUACCAGCCUCCUCCAGCCCAGCCCACUUCUACCAGUCUCCUCCAACCCAGCCCACUUCUACCAGUCUACUCCAGCCCAGCCCACUUCUACCAGUCUCCUCCAGCCCAGCCCACUUCUACCAGUUUCCUCCAGCCCAGCCCACUUCUACCAGUCUCCUCCAGCCCAGCCCACUUCUACCAGUCUCCUCCAGCCCAGCCCACUUCUACCAGUCUCCUCCAGCCCAGCCCACUUCUACCAGCCUCCUCCAGCCCAGCCCAUUUGUACCAGUCUCCUCCAGCCCAGUCCACUUCUACCAGUCUCCUCCAGCCCAGCCCACUUCUACCAGUCUCCUCCAGCCCCGUGACGCCCCCCCGUAAGACUCGAGGGUUGCCCUGCUCCUGGGUUCCUGAACUGCCUUGUCAAAGUCCAAAGACUCCCCGAGUUUGUGAUUUUUUUUUUCUUUUUAUUGUGUGUGUGAAUUUGUUCUGUCUUUUCUCCGGUCAGUCCUAGAAACAUCUUAAACUGUUAAAGUGUUUAGAACACAUAUUGGGAGGAAAAACGUGCAAAAUCGCGAAAUUGACGCGGUCAUGGCAAUGCUGCGUCAUGCAACCAUGACUGAUCGACAUAUGACGUAAUGUCAUGAACGAAAAACAUUUAUAUUCAUACACAAGUAAGGACAGCAUUAUACAAACAUAUCCUAAAAUUUCAAGCCUUUAGAGCCCCCUUUCCCAACUUUGGAGUCGUGACCUUAAGUGGGGUCACCAAGCGCUUUUCCUGGGGUCGCCAAGACCUCAAAAUAUCAAGCAUGGUGUUAUGAUGUUAUAAUAACACGUUUACAAAUAGACUAGUGGUGUCGCGGUCUUGUCUAGAGGUGCAUGAUUGGGGUCGCCUGAAAAAAAGGUUGGGAACCACUGCAUUAGUGCAAGAACUUUUGUUUUAUUAAUAUUUUCGUUCCGAGCUUGGGAACCCCUUAAGAUUGUGAGAUUAAUAAGUUCGGUAAAGAAAAAUAAUAAAAAGCUAUAGAAAUGUUGGCUAAAAAUCAGUAAAUGGAUAUCUGUGAGUAUUUAUUUGAAAAUUAUAAAUUUCAAUAGUAAAAAAAAGCUAUUGUAAUGCUGGUCGAAAAAUAGUAUGUGGAUUGUGAAUACACUGUUAGGUGAA